AAAUCCCCUUCCUGUUUGCUCAGCCAGGUGUGGAGUGCAAUCAGUGAAUCUUUCCAGGUGACCAUGCCUCCACGCGCCAAACGAGCCCCAACAUGGAGCAAUGGUGAGUUGCUAGACCUCAUCAGUGUUUGGGGGGAGGAAGCUGUGCAGUCCCAGCUGCGCUCCAACCGUAGAAAUUACGAUACCUUUGGGCAGGUAUCAAGGGCCAUGCUGGAAAGGGGCCAUGACCAGGACGCGCUGCAGUGCAGGGUUAAAGUGAAGAAACUGCGGAGUGCCUAUUGCAAAGCCUGUGAGGGAAACUGCCGCUCUGGUGCUGUCCCCACGACCUGCCAUUUUUACAAAGAGCUGGACGUGAUACUUGGGGGUGACCCCACCACCAAUCCGAAGACCACGAUGGACACUUCAGAGCGGAGGGGGGAGGAAACCGAGAGUGAGGGUACUGGGGUGGGGGGAGACACCCUGGAGUCCCAGGAAGCAUGCAGCCAGGAGCUCUUCUCAAGCCAGGAGGAAGGUAGCCAGUCGCAGCAGCCCGUACUUGGUGAAGGACAAGCAGAGGAGCGGGUUCCCGUAACCUUGAGUUCUCAGAUGCCCAUGUUAUCAACAGCUGAAACACUCCAAAACCUCCGGAAGAAGCCUCGAAAAAGCAAAGACGACCUGCUGCAAGCAAUUAUGGAUCACUCUGCCAGAGAGAAUCAAAAAGUGCAGGACUGGAGGGAAAGGGAAAGCAGGAUCCACCAGAGAAAUGCAGUGGCCAGGAAGAAAAGCACAAAGCAGCUGAUAAGCAUCCUGGCGCCCCAAGCGGACUCUAUCCAGGCGCUCGUAGCCAUGCAGGCAGAGCAUUACCAUGCCAGCCCCCCACCAUCCCAAAGCUCUUUCCCUUAUGAGUAA